AUGGCACCAACUUCAGUAGAAAAAACAGUUGAAACAGCGGGAAAAAAUUAUGUGAUGGGUGAGGAAGGGUCCCACAACUUGGCUAAAGGAAUGGAACAUCCACAUAAGCUACCUAAAUUUGAAAAUCCAUACGAUAAGAGAAAAUGGAUGUUGGAACAUAUGGCAGGAGCAUUCCGAGUAUUUGGACGUAAAGGAUAUUCGGAAGGAUCGGCCGGACAUAUUUCACUUAAGGACCCAGUUACCCCAGGAACGUUUUGGAUUAAUCCAUUGAAUAAGCACUUUUCGUUAAUAAAGGCGAGUGAUUUGGUACACAUCGACUUGGAGUGUAAUGUAUUGGAGGAUGGGAACCAGGCAGCGGUGAAUGCAGCGGGGUUUUCGAUCCAUGCGGCCAUCCAUAAAGCCCGUCCAGAUAUAGUUUCGGCUUGCCACACGCACCUGAUUCAUGGAAAGACAUACCUGACUUUUGGAAAGGAGUUAGAAAUGAUCAACCAGGAUGUAUGUAUUUUUCACGAGAGACAUUCUGUUUUCAGUAACUUUGGGGGAGUGGCUCUAGACGAAAGAGAAGGAGAAGAGAUCGCAGAAGCGCUUGGACCCGAUGGGCUUGGUGUCAUUUUGCAGAAUCACGGGCUUCUUACCGUUGGUAAGACUGUUGACGAGGCAGCAUUCCUUUUCAACUUAAUGGAAGACUCUUGUCACGCACAGUUGUUAGCGGAUGCUGCAAGCGCUGGAGGUUACAAGAAGCAGUUUAUCAAUGACGAGGUUGCUACCUAUACACGCCAUAUGACUGGUGACCCCGAAUCAUUAUAUGCUGAAUUCCAGCCUGAUUUUGAAUUGGAACUUGAGUUGACUAAUUCUGCUUUCCUCAAGUAA